AUGUUCGUGAGAAUUUAUUGGAAAUCUUAUUCUGAUAAAUUUGAUAUGGCUAUAUUACUAUUUAAUUUAUAUUCAAUUAAUCAAUAUGAACUCAAAUGGAUUUUACAACAUCGUCGAAUCGAAAAGGCUUUGAUUAAAUUUCAAGCUGAUGAAAAACCAAGACUUGAAGAAGCAUUAUCACUCAUCCCGACAAAUCCAUUAUUCAUAUCAUCUAGAACUGAAAAUGAAGAAGAAAGUUUUGAUGAGGAUGAUGAUGAUAUUUUAUCUGAUGUUGGUGAAGGAACUAUCGAUUGUGCAGUUGGUAGUGAAGGUAUUUAUUAA